AUGAAUGUCCCCACACACACACCGGAGUGGAACCACAAGAAGUUACAGGACAUUGUGAUUGGUGGGACUGACACUACAAUCACGACGGUUGAGUGGGUAAUGUCUGAGCUUCUGAAUAAUCCGGAGAUAAUGUCAAAGGUGCAGCAGGAAUCGAAACAUGUUGUAGGGAUGAAUAACAUUGUUGAGGAAUCCCAUUUACCAAAUAUGCAUUAUCUUGAUGUUGUUUUAAAGGAGACGUUACGUUUACACCCUGCAUUACCAUUACUUCUCCCAAAGCGCCCGAGCCAAUCUGCAAUAGUAGGUGGAUACAAAAUACCUGAAGGAACUAAAGUAUUCUUGAAUGUUUAUGCAAUUCAUAGGGAUCCUCAAGUGUGGGAAAGUCCACUAGAGUUCCAACCUGAAAGGUUCUUGAGUCCCUCGACAAAUUUAGACUAUGCUGGAAAUAAUAUGAAGUACAUUCCAUUUGGAUCAGGGAGAAGAAUUUGUGCUGGAAUUCCUUUAGCAGAGAAAAUGCUUAUGUUUAUAUUUGCUUCAUUGCUUCAUUCCUUUGACUGGAAACUCCCUGAGGGAGAAAACGUUGAUAUUUCGGAGGAAUUUGGACUCGCCCUCAAGAAAAGUGAGAGGCUAUUGGUCAUCCUUACUCCCAGUUUACCGAACUUGAAGCUAUAUCAGUAAAACCAAGAAACUUUAAGGACCUUGACACGAUUUUUCCCACAGGUUGUAGUAUUUAUAAUAUCAGAGUACGUAUUUGUUGGUUGGUCACUUUCUUUCACUUGUUCAAAGUUCAAACUAGUUGUUGUCACUACUGCAUUAUUGCUGAGGUCUGAGGAGACGAGGUUGCAUUUACCCGUUUUUAUCUUUUGAACUUCUCAAAAAUGUCAGCUUGGUGCAUGUCAGGUCCUGAGGAUCCAAUACGGGUAUGACAAUAUUCAUUAGUUUGUUGUAAAUAAUGAGUGCGGGUAAAACUGGACUUGUCCUUAUUUUAGGAAGGAUGACUAAUAGUCUGUUUAGUCAAGCUUCCAAAAUCUGUUUAUUUUGAAUAGUAUUUUUUUGUUAGAAGUGCUCAUUGAAUGAAGUUAUUUAUUUCUUUUUUUUGGAA